CCUUCAGCACAGCGUAAUAUAAAAUCUGAUAGCCCACCUACGCUCCAGUUGCUGAUUGGCGUUACGCAGGUAUCCAGCUAUUAUUUAUUACCCCAUUUAUCCUCACCGGAUCUCACUGAAGAAUCUAUCCAUCCUCACUCCACUCUGCACCAGGGCGCACGCAGCUGACUCUUUUACAAAAUUAUCCACUAGACAGAAAACAGGUGGUGCUGAGAAAAUGAGAAGAAGUUUGCUGCUGGUGACUUUGUUCCUUAUCAUGAAACCUCGGUACAGCCACUCCAGAUGUGAGGAGCCUGGAUCGCGCACAUCAACUUCAGACCAAACCACAGGCUUGGACAUCCUCAAGCGGAACAUUAUGAAGAGGUAUAACGAUUUGGAUUAUGAUAGCUUUGUUGGUCUGAUGGGAAGAAGAAACGCCGAUGCAAACGCUGUACAGUCACCACAAAAAAGGGAAAUGCAAGACAUUUUUGUUGGUCUUAUGGGAAGGAAGAAUUCAGAGUCUGAGAAUGGUCCCUGGAGAGAGUACCCAGAGAAGAGAGGCAUUUUUCUUAACAAGUGCAGGCUGAGGUUUCUUCAGGGACUGUAGACAUUCUUACUGCAGCAACGCUCAUCCAGCUACAGUGACUAAAGAUCACAAAGAACACAAACAAUGAUGGAAAUGACAGAACAGCUGUGAUUCAUUCUGUAAAUCUGCUAACUGACUUAGGAAAGUGUUCAUUAACUACACAGAUUAUCUGAAGACAAACCAUAAUUAGAAAAUGAUUUCUUUAUCAUGUUAUUUUUUUUUGUUAAAAGUUCAAAAUAAACCAUUUUUAGAUACAUAAUUUAUGUAAAACAUUAGUACAUUUUCCUACAGCUGUGUGAGUGAUUCUUUGAGCUCAGCUCAUAUUUAGUUACACCUGCUACAAUGUUUACAUUAGUUAUUCUAUUUUAAACAGUUGUAGGCUAUUGGGUUAUAUAAAAUGACUUGACAAGAGGGAGUCAUUGGAAUUUUGUGUGAUACUGUGUGCAUCAGUGUUCUCAAACAAAAGCACAGGAGGUUUCAAGAACACAAGUCUGCAUCCGUGCAUCUCAUAUCAAUCAAAGAUAAAGUGAAAAUGUGUUUUUCACAGCACACUUGUUCUUAUUGACAGAAACAUAUCACUGUAGGCUAGGUUUUAGGUUUAUCAUUUGAUAUGUCUGCUACUGGAUUAACUGGCUCAGAUCAGGUUGUAAAAUACAUUAAAUCAGUGUUCACUACGCCUCCUCCUGCAUCAUCUGUGACUGUUCC